AUGUGUCUGCGGCGGCAGCGCCUCUGUCCUGGUAACCGCAUGCACACCCUCUCGGAGCUCCCUGCUCUCCGACUUGCCACCAGCCCUGGCCACAGGCAGAAGGCAUCUGAGGAUGAAGGUGCUGCGUUCCUGCAGAGCGCUCAAAGGGCAGGUCGUAGCAGGGGUGCAAGUCACCAGCUCCGGAGCUGGGCGGUGGACACGGCAGGGUCGGCGUCUCCCCUGUCCCACACGGUGCUUGGCUGCAACUCUGACCCUCCAACGCCGUGCGCGAGCAGGGUCAGCGCUGGAGCUGGUGUUUCGCACUGUGGGGUACGGGAUGGGGAGGUGCCGGCUGUCCCCCACUUGGGGUUCAUACCACACACGUGCUGUUCCUGGCUGGGCUUCGGCAUUGAUACCGUCCCAUCAAUUGCCACCCUCUCCCUUGCUGCGCUCAGACGUAAUUUGAAGCUGUGCAUCUGUUGGUGGAGGGGGAGGAGGGGAUCCGCGGAAGCCGUCAGGGCUGGGAGGGGGCCCUGCAGUCAUCGAACGUCUCCUGCGGAGGGGAAGGACUUUCUCCGACCCGGGGACGGGGCGCAGGGAGCUCCCAACCCCGCACCUGCGAUUUCGACCCCAGGUCUGUCUGUCUGUCCCGCGAGGACCCCAGCCCGGCGGCCCCGGCCCUCCGCUACACUUCCCUUUCCCGCUCCCGUUUGGGUCCCCCCCCUGCUCGAGCAGCCCCUCCUGUCCGUCCUCCCCGAGCGCACGGGGGAGUCCCUUGCCGUGGCAUCAGGGCUGGGAAGGGGAGGGGGCCGACGGCUCGCCUUCGCCACGGGAAAAUCCCUUUCUCCUGGAGCCGAGCGCCCGCGGCCGGUGCGCCCCGUCGGGGGGGAGCCCUCCCCGGGGCGCGGGGCCCCCACAGCCCGGUGCAGCCGGGAGGAGGGGAAGGCGGAGGCCCGACUGCUUGUGAGAACUGUUAUUUUUCAUCAAUCACCCGCAAUUUGUGUAAGUGCCCCGGACAGGACACCAGCCGUCCUGCUGGCUGAGGUCACGGAGACAACACAGCGAUGGAGAAGAGCAAAUUGCAUUUGCUCACCAGCUCUCAGAUCCAAAUUACGGCCCUCGCAUGGCGCGGGGAAGGGAGCGAAAGGUCCAUGUGACAUGAGGGAAAUAUGAAGGACUUUGACAGGUCUUAAACGGCCUGGCGCCAAGGCCUAAGUCUACCGGCUAAAAAUAGAAAAGGGAUGAUGAGUGGAGAUGGGCAGAGAUGAAAGGGGAAGAGCGAGCGGGGCCGCGGAGCGGGUGGGGUCCUCCCGGCCCGGGAUGGAGUCCCGGGGCUCCGCUGAUGCAAGAAGGCAUUUUCGGUGUCCCCCCCCAGCCCGGGGACCACUUGCCAGCAGAGCCGAGCGCUGCAUCGCCCUGGGGCUGGCGAGGAAAAAACCUCUGUGGGAAGAGGCCGGUGCAGGUAACACCGCUCGUUCCCGAUCCCCGCCACAAGGCUGUCCUCGGGGCGGCAGGAAGAGCUCGUCUGUCCCUGCCCGGUGCCCGUUCGCGGAUGGGGAGGACAGGGUGAUGCUGGGUCUCGCCCGCCCCGUCCAUGAGUCGGAUCCCCGCCCGUAGGGCUGGAACGGCCGCAGCAGCGGGUGCCCGGCUCCCCGGGAGCCCCCACCUCCUGCAGACCCAUCGGUGGGCUCUUCUACAGAGGGUCGAGGAGACGAGGCUGUUCUGGAUCGGUUUUAUUUUGCAGGCGAGGGUGUUUGCGACCUUACAGCAGUGCGGGGACCCCCCGCUCUGGGCUGGAGGAGAGGCGACCUUUCCUCGCGGGGACCCGGCUGCCUCCGGCCCCCCGACGGGACGUGGCCCGCAACCUGGGGACAAUGAGACGCUCCGGGUUUGCUUCGUGAGGGGGAAUUGAAAAAAAAAAUAUAUAUAUAUAUACAAGCGAGCCCCACUUUUGCCAAAGUUGCCGUCAGCAGUUUUCCGCAGCGGAGAGAAAUCAAAGUCCACUCUAGAUUUCAGUCCUCGCUCCCCGUUCAAUGGUCAGCGGGACCCCCCCGGCCCUGGGGCAGCCCCGGGAGGACUCGCGGUGCCCGCCCCGUCGGGGGGACAGAGGUGAACCUGCCGCGGGACACGGGCAGGUUGUCAACGCCGCCGGGAAGAGCCCGGGGCUCGCGUUUGGACUUUGCGUAGCGAGCAGGAACCGCUAUGGGCAGGAGGAACCCGGGGUGGGGGGGUGAAGAGGAGAGGUCGGGGUGAGGGGGAGGCACCCAGGGGAUCCCCGCACGUCCCUCCCUGCAAGGGGAGCAGCGAAACGCGGGCAGAGGGCUUCGGAGCGGCCGCGCCCCGCUGAGCAUCCGCGGAGCUGCGGGGCACGGGGGGGGCCGGGCUGGGGGGCAGAGGAGGGGGCCGUCCCCCACCCGCCGCCCCCCCCAGCCUCGGCGGGGGCGGAGGGGGCAGGAGCCUUGGAAGGAUGGCAGGGCGCUUUUUGAAGAUUUGGGGGUAAAUAUGAAGUGACAAGAGACGGGUCUUUAUUGUGAGGGCUCAGCCGCCUGGCGCCAGGGCCCUCUUCAGCCACCGCGGCCCUCAGUUAAUCAGCGCCGAUCUCCAAACCGACCUCUCCGCGGGGACACCCACCGCGCCCG